AGAGAAAAUAGCUUAACAUGAACAAGUUAGUUGAAGUGUGUUUGUGUGCAGGAGUUUUUCUCACCUCUUCUCUUUAGCAACAACGCCGCGACAGAGCUGUCAACGCCGCCAGACAUGGCGCACACGACGUGUCUAACAAGCCCCAUGUUCUUAAAUUCCUAUUGUCUUUUUUGUUAGUACGAUUUUUUUUAUGAAACUGAGAAAAGUCCCCAUUGCCACUUCUAUGGGACAGCCAUGUUUGCGGUCCGUUUAAUGAUAACGUCCGACUAGAAACAGAUUUCAAACCGGAACUAUUGUUGCUAGCGUGGAGGGAGACGUAAAAAAACGUAACACUAAAAAAAAUCACGGAGCUGUCACUUUUUGAAGUGACGGAAAGAUCUAAACAAAUAAGAUGGGUGAGAUAUCUGCAGAUGCCGUCACCCUGGAUCUGCUGAGAGAAGCCAGGGAGACGGUGAGAAGCAGUCCCCUGGGUGUCAUCAACACUCCCAUGAUCCCCUGGUGCCAGACGACUCUGCCUCUCGACAAGCACUGCAACAUCCACAUCAAACUGGAGAACAUGCAGAGGACUGGGUCGUUCAAGAUCAGAGGAGUGUCCAAUCAGUUUGCAAGGAGACCGAAGGGUGGUCAUUUUGUCACCAUGUCUGCAGGGAAUUACGGGAAGUCUUUUGCUUACGCCUCAAAACAUUACGGGUCACAGGGCAAGGUUGUGAUGCCGGAAACAGCCCCUGUUUCCAGAUCUGUCCUCAUACAGAGCUUCGGUGUGGAGGUGGAGCGAGUUCCCACUUCCUCUCUGAUGGAUGUGGUGAACCGCUGUGUUCAGGAGGACAACAUGACCUUCCUGCACUCUUAUGAUGACCUGGAUCUCAUAGCAGGACAUGCCAGUCUAGGUAUGGAGGUGCUGGAGGUGAUGCCGGAGCCGGAUGUGGUGGUGGUGUGCUGUGGUGGAGGAGGGCUGCUGGCCGGUGUAGCCGCUGCCAUCAAACUGUCUGGCUGUGAUAAAACCAGAAUCUACGGCGUGGAACCAGAAGGAGCCUGCACCAUGUACAGAAGCUUCAUUGAGAAGAAGCCGGUUGGCAUGGACACCAAGAGCAUCGCCUCAGGACUCGCACCACCUUUUGCAGGCACACUGCCCUUUGAGCUGUGUCAGCGUUACGUGGAGGGGAUUGUCCUGAUAAACGAUGAAGAGAUCAAGGCAGCCGUGUCGUCCCUCUACAGGUCCGGCCUGGUGGUGGAGCCUUCAGGCUCUGCUGCGUUCGCUGCCAUCGUUAACAACAAGAUACCGGAGCUGGAGGGGAAGAACGUGGUGUGCAUCCUCAGCGGAGGGAACAUCGGAAAAGACGAGCUCGCCAACUUCCCAGAUUGACUCAACACUUCUUUAAUAUGGCUUUUUUACACACUGUGAAAUGAAACACUAUUCAGAUUCAAAUCAUGUAAGAAAUCUAGUUCUAGCCGUUUUGGAAACAUGAAUCAUGAUGAAAUUAGUUUUUCUAUGGACCUGAACAUGAAUUUAUACUAAUUUUCUAUAACCCCAAUAUCAAGUAGAGCAAUAUAAACUGAAUUUCAAUGUAAUUUUAUUUGUUUCAGUGUGUCUGUUUUAAUAAAAAUCUCAAUCUAA